AAAAAAGCUUUAGUGAGAAACAGAAAAGGAGUGAAGCACUGCGGAAGGAUACUGCUGUGGGUUUCUCUGAUCGGAAAGUUGUUGACCAUACUUUAUUUUAUUUUUUUUUUCCAGCUCGCUGAAGCAGAGAAAAGGAAUGGCCUACCAACAGCAACAUCCAGGCCCGGCCUAUGCUCCAGGCCAGUACCAACAGUAUCCUCCAGGCAUGUCUGUCCAACAGCAGCAAGCCCAGGUGGUGACGAUGCAGACAACCACAGUCCACGGCCCUGGGAGUUGGAGCACCGGCCUCUGCGACUGCUGCAGUGAUAUGGGCACCUGUUGCUGCGGUCUCUGGUGCUUCCCCUGCAUGCAGUGUCAGACAGCCUCUGACCAUGGCUGGUGCCUCUGUAUGCCGCUGCUGGACUUCUGUGGUGUGGUGUCCUGCAUACUCCGCUCCUCCAUUAGAGAGCGCCACAACAUCCCCGGUGGGGGCUGUGAGGACUGCUGCAACGUAAUGUGGUGUUACCCGUGUGUGUGGUGCCAGAUGAACCGUGAGCUGAAGAUCAGGCGCAACCAGCCCGGGGCCACCUCAGUGGUCACCACUCAGGUGGUUCGGGGAUAGGACACUACAGUCUUUGUAGCGGACUGAAGGCAGAAGACAUGUUUGUUCACAUAGCCUACUAGUUAUCUUUCUUAAAGUUCUAAUGCCUACAGAUGCAUCUUUUUAGCUCCAGCAACAUCACAUAAACAUCAGCUUUUAGCAGUUAGCACUGAGCAUCUAAUGUAUAAUAGUGAUGAUUUGCAGUGCCUAUUUUUAGCUGUUUUAUUAAUUUCACUUUGCUGUCGAAAGCCUGAUAUUCACUGUUAAAGUUUUGAGUUGAAAGUUAAAAUGCUGUGAGAAUAAAGAAUGCAGACUGAA